UGUCUGUCUGUCUGAUUGCUUGCUUACUCACACAUCUUUUUUUUUUGUCGCACGACUUGAGGCUGUUUUGGUCUUAAGCUUGGUCUUGGUCUUGUCUUGGAGCCUUUUGAGGUGUGAUAUAAGUUGUCUUGCUGUUCGGUUUCUUUAACUACGACGACGACGACGACGACGACGACGACGGAAACGCGAGUGACGAGUGGGCAUAUCAUGGCGGCGGUUCAGGACGCUGGGCUGGAGAGAGUUGUGGAUGGGCCGGAGAUGGAACAGGAGCGCGAGGUCCUGGUGGUGCAGGAAAAAGAGCUGGAGCAAAAGUACGAGGAAAAGCGCGAAGAUGCGCACGAUGCUGAGGAGCGAGAGGAGGAGCAAGAAAAACACAACCACGAUCAUGACCACACCGAGGAAGAGACUGACUCCGACGUCAUCUGGCGCUCCCGCACAACCCGCGCCGGCAUGCCAGCACUACUCCAACCAAUGUUCGACAAGGGCGACAAAGUCUACUUCUGCCCCAAAGGCAACCGUCGCGCCAAACAAGGACCCUUCCGGGUUGUAACCAGCAAGGCAGGCAAUACCGGCGGUGUAUACACUCUCGAGACGCCGAAAGGGCCUAUGCAUAAUAUUGUUGAAACUGAGCUUAUACAGGCUUAAGGGGAGGGAAAGAAAUGUCGGGAUAGCGGGAGUUGGGGUGUUUGGGUUAUUUUUUUGGCCUGGGUUUUUAACGGGAUCUGGACCGUUUGCCUACCUAUUUUUUCACUGCUAUAUAUACAGUCUUCCUGUAUAUCCUAAAGGUUAUAGACCAUCUCAGUCAAUAUUUCAAUCAAUCAAUAAGCGGCAAAACUAUCACUUACCUCA